AUGAAGAUAAGCCUAAGAACUACUUUGUCAGUGCUAUUAUUGGCACUGCCUGUCCACUCUUUGGCGCCGCCAAGCAAGCCAACAGGGAAACUCUCCAGCACUAGUGACAUACGGCCUGCUCCCACGUCGUUCGAUGACAUUGUAACCUUGGAAUCGUCUGAUGAACGAGAUGCUUCACGACGGCUCUUCAUGACCAGUCUGGUCGGAUUGGGACUCUUGACGGCAAUGGACCCAGCAGAGGCUGCCAUGAUGGAAGCAAAACCUAUGUCGUCCUCGGCCUCAUCCUCGACAACCACCACCAGCGAUACAGCCGUUGCAGCGGUCGAUUGGAAUGGAAUUGUUCAAAAGGCGUCUAAGCGAGCCCUCGGAGGCGGAAAAGCAGGAGCAUCCGCAGCAGUAGUCCAGGUUUGCUCGCUCAUGUGGUUGAGAACCAGUAUGAACUAUCAGUAUCGCUACGGUGGAAAUCUUGGCUCCAGUCUAAAGACGCUGUGGGAUGAAGGUGGCGUGGGCCGACUUUAUCAAGGCCUGCCGUUUGCUCUUGUCCAGGGACCAAUGACACGCUUUGGCGACACAGCUGCCAACGUGGGAGUUCUAGCAUUGUUGGAAAGCUACCCGGGCACUCAAGACUUGCCUUUGCCAUUGAAAACUGCCUGUGGUAGUAUCGCUGCUGGGGCGUGGCGAAUUGUUCUCAUGCCCGUGGACACUUCCAAGACUGCCAUGCAAGUCGAAGGCGCCCAAGGACUCCAAGAUUUGUGGAACGAAGUACUCGUGGUGCGAAAGAACCCAGGGCCCUUGUACCGAGGAGCCUUUGCUUCUGCCGCAGCAACGGCUGUAGGACACUUCCCAUGGUUCCUCACGUACAACUGGCUCAACGAACAACUUCCCCAGGUUAGCUCGACGGAUGACUUGCUGCUAUCUUUGGGCCGUGCGGCUUUCCUGGGUCUUUGCUCCUCGUGUGUUUCGGAUGUUUGCUCCAACAGUCUGCGAGUGAUCAAAACUACCAAACAAACUGCAGGGUUGGCUGAGAAAGACGAAGAAGGAAACGCCAGGGAUCUUUCGUAUCCCGAGAUUGUAUCCAUCAUUCUUGAAAAGGACGGUGUUGUGGGGCUGCUGGGAAGAGGGCUUCAAACCCGUCUUCUCACCAAUGCCAUUCAAGGAUCAGUGUUUAGCGUGCUUUGGAAAUACUUUCAGAUGCAAAACUAA